AUGUCAGAUUAUAUAAUCAAAGAGCAAUCAAUUAGAAUUAACAAGAGACAAUUUUGGUCCGAUUCGAAGGAUUUACUAUAUUGGAUUCGUUCGGAUGCACGGAAAUUUAAGCAAUUCGUUGCACUCCGUAUUGGCGAAAUAUUGGAAAAUUCGACUGUUAAAGAAUGGAGAUGGGUCCCAACCGCAGAUAAUGUGGCAGACGAAGGCACAAAGUGGUCCAAGAUUCCAGAGUUUGACAGCACGGGCAGAUGGUUCAUCGGCCCAUCAUUUUUACGGUCAGAAGAAAGUUGUUGGCCCACAACUACAUUUUCAAACACUGAUCACAAAGAAUUUGAGAUUUUGUGUCACGUGGAGGAGAGACACGCUCCAACUUUAACGUUAUUUGACAUAUGUGCUGAUCCAACAAGGUUCAGCAAAUGGGAAAAGCUGCGACGUACUCAGUCGUACGUCUUGAAAUUCUUGAAAUCAAUUGUUAAACAUGACAAGAAAUCUGCAGUUUUGAAAAUGCUAUUAAACAUAACCGAGAUGCAUAGUGUUGAAUUACUGAUAUUCCGAAACUGUCAAGAAGAGGCCUUUAUCGAAGAAAUAAGUUGUUUAAAACUAAAAACCAAACAAAUCUCCCGAAAAAGUUUACUCUUUAAAUGUUCACCAUAUCUGGACGAAAUGGGAGUACUGCGAAUGAAAGGGCGAAUUGACGUGGCAGAAAGUGUAUCCAUGGAAACAAAACGACCUGUGAUUCUCCCACGGAAACACAUCGUUUCAAAACUUCUGGUUGACUUUUAUCAUCGACGUUACCAUCAUCACCACAAUGAAAUCGUUGUUAACGAAGUUCGGCAGAAGUAUUGGAUACCGGGACUGCGAGCACUAGUGCGCUCUGUUGCGAAAGAUUGUCAGGCCUGCAAAAACAAACUUGUGAUGCCUUGUUCUCCAGAGAUGGGCGACCUACCUUCAGAAAGAGUAGCUGCAUUUACUCGUCCAUUUACGUACACUGGCGUUGACUAUUUUGGACCAUUCGAUGUGACAGUUGGGCGUCGACGAGAAAAAAGGUGGGGUGUACUCUUCACCUGUUUAACAGUUAGAGCCAUUCACUUGGAGAUUGCACCAUCUCUCUCUACGGACUCGUUUAUGUUGGUUUUUGGGCAGUUUGUCAGCCGACGUGGUACUCCUAAACGAAUACUAUCAGACAAUGGGACAAACUUUCGAGGGGCAAGUCGUUUGUUGUCAAAAGAAAUAGAAAAUAUCUCUGCAAACGAAUUGGAAUACAGUUAUCCAGAGAUUGAAUGGCGUUUUAUACCACCGGCUUCUCCGCAUAUGGUUGGCGCAUGGGAGAGGAUGGUUCGGUCAGUGAAGUCUGUCUUAAUGGAGAUAUUACCUCAUGCAAGUUUGAGAGAAGAGACUCUGAGAGCAGCGAUGGCAGAUGUUGAGAAUAUAAUUAACUCAAGACCGCUCACUUAUGUUCCACUCGAAACUGAAGAGGCCGAAGCAUUGACUCCGAACCACUUUUUGCUCGGCUCUUCAAGUGGCAUACGCGAAAGGGGGAGUGAAGACGAUGGUGGAAGUAUUUUGUUUAAACAUUUUAAAAUUGCUGGUCAAUUGGCAGACCAAUUUUGGAAGCGAUGGGUGAGAGAGUACUUGCCAAAUCUAACUAGGCGCUCCAAAUGGUUCACGAAAAGUCCCGAGCCCAUUGUCAUUGGAGACAUUGUAAUUGUAGUCGACGAAAGCAGCAAGAGAGGAUUGUGGCCAAAGGGUGUGGUAAUAGACGUACACAAAGGUAAAGAUCAACAAGUGCGCAGUGCGGUGGUUAAGACAAUGAAAGGCCUCGUCACUCGGCCUGUAGUAAAAUUGGCAAAACUGGAUGUCAUGAAGUAAACCCCAAGCUUUCAGCACGAGGCUUACGAGGGGGGGAAUGUUGCGUGGUGCACUAAUUAUGCACUCUGCCCACUAACUACGCAUAUGAUUACAAGACGUCAUCUCAUUUUUGGCAGUCUGGUACUCGACUAGCUGAGCAUCUGUCAUAGGCAAUCAGCGAUGACUCUGUCCUUUUGCAGAUGAAUCUACAUGUGAAUGGUCGUCAACCAUUGCUAGUAGGAAGUAUUUUUUUAAUAUUGCCAAACAAAUUGAGAGAAGUGCGCCAGACUAAGCCCCAGCCAAACACAAAUAUUUUAGUGUUGUCACCAAUUGAAAUAAAAUCAGUUUUGGAUCACUCAAAAUAA